AUGUCCUUCCGUAAGCGCAAUGUAGGCCUCUCAGGCUCUACAAGGCCCGGAGGCUCUGCGCAACCCAGCAGCAAAGACCGAGCUCAGCUGCCUGGAGUGCGGGCUUCCCCAGUGGACGGCCGACCGACGACUUCUACUGGCACCGCGAGCCUCGACGCCCUCCUGGCGGGACACUCCGGUCUCGCCCUCGGCAGUACCAUCCUGAUUGAAGAAAGCGGGACGACAGAUUACGCGGGCGCUCUUCUCAGGUUCUAUGCCGCAGAGGGCCUUCUCCAAGGUCACCAUGUCCACGUCGUUGCGCUACCGGAACAGUGGGGUCGCGAAUUGCCAGGCGUCGUUGGUGAAAGCGAGAAGAGAGAGACACCCGCUGAAACGGAGAAGAUGAAGAUCGCGUGGAGAUACGAGAGCCUGGGACAAUUCGGUGCAGGCGCACCUGCAAGAGAACGUCCUCAGUCAACUGCAGGCCAGACAGGUCCAGAUGGAGUAUCAGCCCAGCGACCACCUGCUGCGUUCUGCCAUACCUUCGACCUGACGAAGCGACUCGUUCACCCGGCCUCGUCCAAAAUGGAUUUCAUCCAGCUAGACAUGAAUCCAACGCGUUCACCCUUUGUACCUAUUCUCGAACGGCUGAAUGCUUCUGUCGUGAACUCCGCACCGGACACAGUUCACCGCAUUGUCAUCCCAUCGCUGCUCUCACCGGCCCUUUAUCCGCCCUGGUCGAGUCAACCGCAGAAUAUCCUCCAGUUCCUGCAUAGUCUUCGUGCACUGUUCGCGGCCCAUCCGGGUCGGCUGACGGCAAUUAUGUCGCUACCACUGUCACUCUACCCCAGGUCAUCUGGACUGGUUCGGUGGAUCGAGCUACUGAACGACGGCGUCCUCGAACUGUCUCCGUUUCCGCAUUCGGCCGAGGGAGACGCAGCGCCUUCUCGUGGUCCCGCUGGUGCAGCUGAAGAGCCUCCCCAGGGCUUGUUGCAAGUACAUCGUCUCCCGAUGCUUCAUGAUCGUGGCAGCGGGGUUGGCACGCCUGAGACCGACUGGACCUUCACAUUGAGCCGGAGGAAAUUCACGAUCAAGCCCUUCAAUCUGCCACCCGUCGAGGGCGACACAGGUGCUCAACAGGCUGCGGGGCCCGAGCAAAAGGGAAAGAAGGCUGACAUGGAGUUCUAAAUAUUGUCAUAGACAGGAUUCAUACGUCAUCGUCGUCAGGAUACGGUCCUUGUGCAUUGAGCAUGGUCUCCAGCUCAAUAUGCUCUGAGGAUGAAGGACCUGGAUUGGUCAUGGUUCGAAAAUAGGUACGGUCAUAGGAGCCAUGGCGCGAGUUGAUGGUGAAACCGGACACCCGCGCCCGAAAUCGUUCGCCCAAGCACGACGAGAGAGCAAGAAAUGCUGUUCCAUCACACUUCAGCACGGAUCGUAAGCAGACUUCAGUCAGCACGUACCUAUGAAGAAGAGCAAAGGGACAAAUAGGAGCAACGACAACAGUGCGAGAAUGCCCAUUAUCGAAGUCUUGCUCCUCGAACGAAGAUUCAGACCGCGAUGGCACCUUUCACGACAAGCAGAGAGGCGAGAAGAAUAAGUAAAGGAGGCGAGUGAUGGUGACACGACUCGUCAUCAGGAGGUUGGUUGGCACUACUAAAUACUUGGGUCUGACAGGUGCAUGGC